ACAGGAAGAGAUUUUUUUUUAGGAAGAGAAUUGAGACAGACAACAUCAGACUGCAGUUUUAUGUCAUAAAUAAAGUUCACAUCACACAAAACACACUCGACAAACACACAACACAAGUGUUAGACAAAAUAAACAACGCGAGGGAGAUGAGACACGUGACUUUACUCAUCUAAACUAGUUAAACUAGCAUUACACGCCGACAAGAAACGUGGUCAUGGCACAGGAGAGCGUGGUACAGUAUGAGCCUGUCGCUGAGAUCGGUGGCGGUGCUUACGGUACGGUUUAUAAAGCUCGUGAUAAAGACAGUGGACAGUUUGUGGCUCUGAAGAGUGUGAGAGUACAGACCAAUCAAGAUGGACUUCCUCUGUCCACGGUUCGAGAGGUAGCCCUUCUUAAACGACUGGAACAAUUUGACCACCCUAACAUCGUCAGACUCAUGGAUGUUUGUGCCACACUGAGAACAGAUCAGGAAACUAAAGUGACUUUGGUGUUUGAACAUGUCGAUCAGGACCUCAAGACAUAUCUGGAGAAAGCACCUGCGCCUGGACUGCCCAUAAACCAAAUCAGAGACUUGAUGCAGCAGCUGCUGUGUGGUUUAGUGUUUCUGCACUCAAAUCAAGUUCUUCAUCGGGAUCUGAAGCCGGAGAACAUUCUGGUGACCAGCAGAGGACAGGUGAAACUGGCAGACUUCGGUCUGGCACGGAUCUACAGCUAUCACAUGGCACUCACCCCAGUGGUUGUGACGUUGUGGUAUCGCUCGCCUGAAGUUUUGUUACAGACCACUUACGCUACACCUGUGGACAUCUGGAGCACAGGAUGCAUCUUUGCUGAGAUGUUCCGACGCAAACCUCUCUUCUGUGGAGAUUCGGAGGUGGACCAGCUUGGCAAGAUUUUUGCUGUUAUUGGUCUGCCGCCUGAAGAGGAGUGGCCAUCCGAUGUCAUUCUGUCCCGUCAGAACUUCAGGCCACAAAAGCCUCAGCCAAUCAUAGACUGCGUUCCCGAGAUCAAUGAGAAAGGAGCAAAACUCUUAUUGGAAAUGCUCACGUUUGACCCGUUAAGAAGAAUCUCAGCGCUGAAUGCACUAGAACAUCCGUUCUUUACUGAAUGAUCCACCCUUUCCCAGCAUUCAUUGCAGUCCUAACGCAGAGAGCUGAUAGCUACAAAUCCACGCGGGACCACAUAGCUUACCGACUGAAUAUUUGACUGUAUGUUUGUCUUAGCUGUUACAGUGUUUGAUUGUGGACUAUUGGACAUAAGGAGGAAAGUGUCAUAUUUCUCUACCUUUACAGUAUAUUAAGGGUCAGUAUCAUUUAGUAGUCAAGCUUAUAAACCCUUUAAAUUGAUGGUUCUGUAUUAAUUACUCAUUAAAUGUGGUCUAUUUUUCAUCUAAGUCAUUAUAUAGUCAUUGAUUUAGAGCACUAGAGUAAGCAUUAGAGUAUUUGUUGUUGACUUGUCGACUUUGAUGAUGUUAAACACACCUGGAGGUUCACUUCGCAUUUCUUGCCUGAACUAUGAACGAUUACAACACAUCUUUCAUAAAACCGUUCUGUUAAUAUUGUUCUAUUAAAUGACUCAAAUGAAGAUCAGACCACGUUACAGUGUAUUAAUGCAAAACUGAUGGUCAUUUUAAAGGGUUUACAAUUUUUUAUGUAACUGUAUAAAAUCUGAAAUUAAGCAGUGGAAUUUCAGUCCAUUUUUUGUAUAUGCAGGAUUUUAAAUUGACUUUGAUCAAGAAAGCACCAGUCAUGUUUUAAAUUAAACAUUGGUUGUAAUAUGCA